GAGUGAAUCCAUGGCCAGUCGACCUCUCAUCUCUCUGCAACUUCUUUCUUCUUCUUCUUCAUCUUCCUCGUUAAAACCAACAACAAAACUUCUCUUCUUUCAUAAACCUGAACUAAUUAGCCACCACCAUAGAAACCGUAACAAGUUGUCACGGACAAGUGUUCAUCAACACUCAGCUAAUCUCAUCAUUCACCCUUCUGUUCUUUUCCUAAGUAGCGCCUUCGAUGGCGGUGGAGGAUUCAUCGAUACACAGACUUUUAUUGUCACCAUUAGUCUCGUUGUAGCCAUUGCUCUCUCACUAUUCCUCGGCUUCAAGGGAGAUCCAGUUCCUUGUGAGAGAUGUGGUGGAAACGGCGGAACGAAAUGUGUAUUUUGCCUAGAAGGGAAGAUGAAGGUGGAAUCUGGCAUGGUUGAUUGCAAAGUCUGCAAAGGUUCAGGUUUGAUUUUUUGCAAGAAAUGUGGAGGUUCCGGAUAUUCUCGCCGUUUAUAAGAAGUCCUUACUAUUUUCAAUAUUUACAUUGGUCCUUUGGACUAUGAUGAUAUACUUUCUAACUUGUUUAUAGUCAUAUAACAAAACUGUGAUGCAUUUUCUUGUUUAAUUGUCAUCCACAGUUUUUGUUACAUCGGUUCAAAUACGAGUAAGUGAUUGUUAAUUACUAAAGAAAUAGUUUCCUAGACAAAAUUAUAAGGCAAGUUGAUUCAAGGUACAAAAGAUGUAAUUCAUGAGCUUAGUGAUGUUUUAGUUUUCACACUACAAAACUAAAAUUAGUGAACACUACAAACC